AUGUCCAGCCCGAGCAUAAGCACGCCCGACAGCGACGCGUCGACGCCGUCGGUGUUGGCGGACCCAGGCAAGGCCCAUCUGCGAGUUCCGGGCAGCGAUCCGUCGGUACAUCGCGUCAAGAACAUUCCCGGGUACUCUACACCUGUUUUCAAAGAAAAGGAUGAGCAGCGCGCUCAAGUGCAGGCGAAUGUACUUGGAAAGGGAUUCAUCCCUCGCGAACUUGUUGCUAACGAAGUGAACUGGUUCUAUGACCAUCUGGGCAUCGACGACACAUACUUCUCAAACGAGACAGUAGAAGUGAUCUCAGACCACAUUAUCGCGCUCUUCGGCGCCAAAGUCCUCGCGUACACCAAGCACGACCCCAGCAAACUCGUCAUCGAUCUCGAAAAGACAGAUGAGAACGGCGCGACCUUCAUCCACACCAGUGCGCCCGGUAAGACUUCCACGGACGGCCCUGGGGCCACUUGUGAGACCAGAAUCGACGAACUUUACCUGGACAAGGCGACGCCGGAUAACUGCUACCGUCUGGAGACCUUCCGUUCGACCGGGUCUAUCUCAGCUACCGCAUCGCAGCAGCUCCGCUGCUACUUCGUGAACAAAUGCAACUUUGCUCCCGACGCGCCCAAGGCAUCCUCGCCAGAUGGCAAAACUGACAUCCGGAAGGUGUCUGAUCGCGCGUUCCUGGAGAAGGCCAGUGAGCACACGUUGAAGAUAUAUCAGGAGGUGAUGUGGCAGGUCGAGAGCAGGUACGGACCCGUCAUCGAAGUACUUGAGGUAGAGGGUAGUAGGGAGAGGAGGAUGGUGAUUGGGUACAAGAUGGGGGGCACCAGUCGCUUCUUCAGCGCCUUGUCGAAUUUGUAUCAUUUCUAUUCAUUGUACUCUGCUCGUAAAUACGUCGAGCAAUUCUCCAACGGGAUCACCAUAAUCUCGUUGUACCUCAACCCUCUUCCCAGCACCAACGCACCUCCGAUCGAACACUCCAUCUUCCAGAUCAUGAAGGAAGUGUCUCUUUUGUACUGUCUCCCCGACAACCCCUUCUUCGUUGUGAGCGAUGGGCCAGGUCAUGCCGUGCAAGAAGCUACUUAUGCAUACUGCGGCUGGAUCUUUGCGCAGCACUUCUGUAACCGCCUUGGCCCGGCGUAUCUGGCGCUGAAGAACGUGCUGGAUGAGAAUAAUGCAGCACAUAUGGCUGUCCUCAAUGACAUCAAGAGGAGGUUCAGGGAGGAAACUUUCACUCGGGAGAGUAUAGCUCAGGUCAUCCACGCGCAUCCAGACUUGAUCCGGCUUUUGUAUGUGAACUUUGCCAUGAUUCAUUAUCCCAACAACGAAGCGUCUCGUCUAAUGCCGACGUUAUCGUACCAGCGCUUGCAGACACAGCAGCCGCUCUCAGACCAGGAGCUCUACGAUAAGAUACGGCGGUCCGUGCCGAACAAGCACGACCUGCAGAUCCUUGAGAGCUUUUUGAUCUUCAACAAGCAUGUUCUCAAGACGAAUUUCUAUCAGCCUACGAAGGUCGCGCUCUCCUUCCGCCUCAAGCCCGAUUUCUUGCCUGAGGUGGAAUAUCCAAAGAAGCCCUUCGGGAUGUUCUUCGUAAUUGGCAAUGAAUUCCGUGGAUUCCAUAUCCGCUUCCGAGAUGUCGCACGGGGCGGUAUUCGGAUCGUCAUGUCUCGAAACAGAGAAACGUACUCUAUUAAUCAGAGGCAGCUGUUCGACGAGAACUAUGGCCUGGCAUCGACGCAGUCCUUGAAGAACAAAGAUAUCCCCGAGGGUGGUGCAAAGGGAACGAUUUUGCCCUCGCUAGGCGCGAGCCCCAGGUUAUGCUUCGAGAAAUAUGUCGAUGCCAUCAUCGACCUGCUCAUACCGGGCAGGACGCCGGGUAUCAAGGAGCCUCUAGUGGACCUUUACAGCCGACCGGAGAUGCUAUUCUUCGGCCCCGAUGAGGGUACCGCCGAUAUGAUGGACUGGGCCGCAAUGCAUGCUCGCGACCGUGGUGCUGAAACUUGGUGGAAGUCCUUCACGACUGGAAAGAGCGCCGAACAUCUCGGCGGUGUGCCCCAUGAUACGUAUGGCAUGACGUCGCUAUCCAUCCGGCAGUAUGUUCUUGGUAUAUACAAGCAGCUGGGCCUUCGUGAGAAAGACAUUACCAAGGUCCAAACCGGAGGACCAGAUGGUGAUCUUGGUUCCAACGAAAUUCUGCUCAGCUCGGACAAGACGGUCGCUAUCAUUGACGGUAGUGGCGUACUUGCCGAUCCAGUCGGACUCAACAGGGAGGAACUGGUCCGCCUGGCUAAGUUACGGAAGCCGGUGUCCUUCUUCGACACGUCGAAGCUGUCGAAAGAUGGGUACCUCGUAAAGGUGGAAGACCAGGAUGUGAAAUUGCCCUCUGGGGAAAUCAUCAUCGAUGGCACGGACUACCGCAAUACCGCCCACCUUCGUUUCAAGGCCGAUCUGUUCGUGCCCUGUGGCGGACGACCUGAAGCCGUCAACAUUUCCAACGUCGCUGCUUUGUUCGAUGCGGAAGGCAAACCUCAUUACAAGUACAUUGUGGAGGGCGCCAAUCUGUUCAUUGCUCAACCCGCGCGUCUACUCCUGGAGAAGCGCAAGGUCGUCCUAUUCAAAGAUUCGAGCACAAAUAAAGGCGGAGUGACCAGCUCGUCGUUAGAAGUCCUUGCGGGUCUUGCUCUGUCCACUCAGGAGUACACAGACUUGAUGAUCUUCAAGGAUGGCAAACCUUCAGCGUUCUACCAAAGUUACGUCCGCGACAUCCAAGAAAAGAUCACCGAAAAUGCGGCUGCGGAGUUCCAGUGCAUCUGGCGCGAACAUGCGCGUCUUCAGGGUGCAAAAGCGCGCACGACCAUCUCGGACGAAUUGUCGAGUACUUUGAAUAACCUGCAGGCCGAACUGGAGAGUUCCGACUUGUUUGAUGAUGAGCCCAGUAAGAGGGGCGUUAUGCGGCGUGCCGUUCCCAAGACCCUGGUCGACCAGGUAGGCUUGGACGAGUUGCUCAAGCGCUUGCCUGAGUUCUACCAGCGUGCCAUGUUCUCGAGCUGGGUGGCCUCACACUUUAUUUAUAAGUACGGCGUUAACGCUUCGAGCGUGGACUUCUUCCACUUCGCACGGGAUCUCUCGCAUUGAAGCGGGGGCGGCAAUCAUACAAACUAAAUUAUUCGGGCCUUUCCCUUCCCGACUCUGCAGCUAUAGACGCAAUUACUUGUACCGUACGAGGAUAAUGGAUCUCAAGGUCUACCACGGCUAUUUUAAGUGCUACAGCAUUUUGUGCUUUAUGGCUUGUGCGCAUGCGCGUCGUCCGAAGAACGCGUCGUCCGGUUUCCAUCGCUUCACGGAC